AUGGCCGGCUCCCUGGCAGACUCCGCUCCAAGUGCACCAUCUCUCAAGCGGAAACGAAGCGACCAAGAUGAAGACUGCGCGCAGUUGUUCACAGUGCCCGUCCCGUCGUCGCGCACAGCGCUAGAUUCGACCACCGGAACAGCGACGCGGACGAGCCCCCCAAACACAGAUCCUCUCCCAGAAAAUAGCAAGAAAAAGAAAACAACACGGAGCGAAAAUUCCGGAUCGUCGAAUCCCCGAACCAAACCCCCGAAGAAGAGAACUCCAUCCGCGCCAUGGCCGGAGCCCUUCAAACGUCUAUCCCACACCCAUCGCGCCCUGAAUCUCGUCUACACCUUCUGCUGCACACGCAAGCACUUUGCCACUACAUUCGACAACAUUAAGAAGGCGGUCCAGGCACAACUAGGUCAAGGGUGCGAACUCACAGUCGAGGAUGUGGCGCGGGUCAGAGUGCUUGUUCCGCGGGCCGUACGGUUCGAGUAUGUGGAUGAGGCAAAACUGGAGGUUCUGACCGCUGGAGAACAAGAGACGAUGGAGUAUGGUCUGCACAAGAGACCUGGUCUGAUAUCUGCGCCGGAUGUAAAUGAUGCCGACGACGCCGACGCACCCACGGAAACCAGGAAGGAUGUCUUAUUAUUUGAGUUUGUCGAUCGGGAUCUGAAGCGUGAAGUGCAACAUCCCAAGACGGGGGAGCCGUCGAAGCCUGUUCGACGAAUGAAAGAUGAAGAUCUGAAGAUGCCGGUCUACAGUCAGAAACAGAUGCUUGCUUUGAUCGAGAAGCGCAAUUCCAAGUUCUCGGAAGCCAUCGACGCAUUCAUGAUCCGGUGUGAGGAUCAAGGUAUUGAUCCCGUGGAGACAUUGGAACAAGAGAAAGACGCUUUCCUACCUACGCCUCCUACCAGCGGGACAACUACGCCCGCCACCGCGGCCAAGCCGCCUGCUACGAUCCCCAAAGAACGCAAGACCAUUUCUCAGAUCAUCGCUGAGAUCCGGGAGAUGGAAUGGUACCAUGCCCAGAUUGUGCCAGAGGGCCACCGGGUAUUUGAUGCUCAGGCUCCCGUGUACGGGGACCUAUCAUUUCAGCUCUCGCAGGACCUUGUCAAUGCCCUAUACAACACGAAAGGCAUUACGCAGCUUUAUUCCCACCAGGCAGAGGCGAUCAACCACUUGUAUGAAGGACACAACGUAAUUGUCUCCACCUCGACGAGUUCGGGCAAAUCACUCAUUUACCAGAUCCCCAUGCUGCACGAGCUGGAAAAGGAUCCGAACAGCAGAGGCAUGUAUAUAUUCCCCACAAAGGCCCUAGCUCAAGAUCAGAGGCGCAGUAUGAUGGAUCUGCUGCAGUAUAUGGAUGGCCUACAGCAUACCGUGGUCGAGACCUUCGACGGGGACACGCCUAUGGGGAGUCGGAAUAUGAUUCGCGAAGAAGCGCGCAUCAUCUUCACCAAUCCAGACAUGCUACACAUUACGAUUCUGCCGCAGGAGAGCUCAUGGCGCACAUUCUUGAAGAACCUCAAGUUUGUGGUUGUUGACGAACUGCAUGUCUACAACGGCUUGUUCGGGUCGCAUGUCGCGCUUGUGAUGCGUCGACUUCGCAGGAUCUGUGCUGCGGUGGGUAAUCGGCAUGUCAAGUUUAUAUCUUGUUCGGCUACGGUUGCCAAUCCUGAAGAACACAUGAAGUCCGUUUUUGGCGUGGACGAUGUGAAAUUGGUGGAUUUUGAUGGGUCUCCUUCUGGUCGCAAGGAAUUUGUUUGUUGGAAUACCCCAUACAAGGACUUGGGGGACCCUACUUCUGGGCGCGGGGACAGCGUUUCUGAGACCGCACGUCUGUUCUGUCAGUUGAUUCUGCGGGGAGUGAGAGUGAUUGCAUUCUGUCGGAUCCGGAAGCUUUGCGAGGUCCUCCUGCAGGCAGUGCGAAACGAGUUCCAGGCUCUCGAGAGAUUGGAAAUUGGCAACUUGGUCAUGGGCUAUCGAGGCGGAUAUAGCCCGCAAGAUCGACGUCGGAUCGAGAAGGAAAUGUUUGAAGGCAAACUCAUGGGUAUCGUGGCGACCAAUGCUCUGGAGCUGGGCGUUGACAUUGGGUCCCUUGACGCGGUCAUCACGCUGGGCUUUCCCUACUCGAUUUCCAAUCUGCGUCAGCAAAGCGGCCGAGCUGGACGGCGCAACAAGGAUUCUCUCUCUGUGCUGAUCGGGGACAGAUACCCGACAGACCAGCAUUACAUGCAGAACCCAGAUGAGCUCUUCACACGGCCCAACUGCGAACUGCAAAUUGACCUGUCAAAUGAGCUUAUCCUCGAAGGUCAUGUCCAAUGCGCAGCAUUCGAGAUGCCCAUCCGCCCGGACGAAGACCGUGUCUACUUCGGCGAGCAGCUCCUUGUGCUCGCGGCAACACGUCUCGUCAAGGAUAGCCUCGGCUUCUACAGUUGCCAUGAACGCUUCCGACCACAACCAUCAAGGUGUGUCUCGAUUCGCGACACGGAAGACACACACUUCGCGGUAAUCGACACAACAAACAACCGUAACAUUGUCCUCGAAGAAGUAGAAGCCUCGCGCGCUUUCUUCACUAUCUAUGAAGGCGGGAUUUUCCUGCACCAGGGACACACAUAUCUUGUUCAAGAAGUCAAUGUAGACCAACACUUCGCCCGCGUUGCCCGCGUCCAUGUUGACUGGAACACGAUGCAGCGGGACUUCACAGAUAUCGAUCCUAUCGAGACUGAAGCGAUGAGGCUGGUGGGUACAGGUACAGAUGCCUGCCGCGCUUUUUUUGGGUCUGUCCAGAUCCACGCAGUUGUCUAUGGCUUCUUCAAGAUCGACAAGCGUGGACGCGUCCUCGACGCUGUCGCUGUCGAUAACCCGCCCAUCGACAUCCUCACUAAGGGCAUGUGGCUCGACGUGCCCUCGCGCGCCAUCGACAUACUACAAUCCCGUCACCUCAACAUCGCAGCCGCCAUCCACGCGGCCGAACACGCCGUCCUCUCACUUCUCCCGUCGUUCGUGAUUUCUUCCCCAGGGGAUGUGCGCACAGAAUGCAAAGUCGCAAAGAAGGAACUCGGCAAGUCCCUCCGUCGAGCCAACGACGCCGACGCGAUAGAGAAGAAAUUGCAGCCGCCGUCCCGACAACGACCGGCCCGUCUGACCUUUUACGACGCCAAGGGCGGAUCCUGCGGUUCGGGAAUCGCAAGCAAGGCCUUUGAAUUCAUAAGUCUUCUUCUGCGAAGGGCUGUGGCGCGCAUAGAAGCCUGUGCAUGUCUCUCGCCGCAGGGAUGUGUCGAGUGUGUGUGCGACGAGAGGUGCAAGGAGAUGAACGUCGUUAUGAGCAAGGCUGGUGCCGGUGUGAUUCUGCGCUGUUUGCUUGGAUGGGAAGUGGACGUUGACGCUUUACCGUGGGUUGAGGAUGUCGAGGGCGAGGAGUAUGGUGGUGGUUCUGGUGCUGAACUUGCUGGUGGAUUAGAGACUGUUGUCAGGGCCGGUGAGGUGCCCUGGAAACCCGGGUGUAGACCUGAAGAAGACAAAGUACAUAGAAAAGAGGAGUGA